AACCAAAGUAGAACAAUUGGUCAUCUGAUGUUUUUGACAUUUUGUCAAUGACAAGUAUUUUUCUUUUGCCGUAAUUUAUUUAAUUUUCAAUGAAAAAUGGCAAAUAACGUGUUCCCUACCUUGUUUAUUUGAUUACUAUUUAUAAUACUAUCUUUUCUUUUACUGGAGAUGUGUUUCUAACACGUGUUGGACGUAACCUCAUCAUGGCUUCAGCAAUCCCAUUUGCAGCUCGCAGUUCGGGUGGUAUCACGUUGAACGUGGGUCCACCUGUGUUUAAUGAAUUGGGGCAAUAUGGACCUGUGCAGAGUAAGACAUGUAAACUAAUGCUAUUCAGCCCAGAUGGACAAUAUUUUGCCUUCGUGGACGGUUCUAUCUUGAAAAUUGUGCGUACAGAUAACUGGAAAGAAGUUGCAACAAUCCAAGAUACAAAAGCUUGUUAUUUGUCAUUUUCUCCAAAAAGUACCUAUCUGAUGAGUUGGGAACAGUUUUAUGUUACUAAAGAUGAUCCACAAGGAAAACCAAAUUUAAAUAUUUACAAAAGCGAGAAUGGUGAACUUGUCAAAAGUUUUAUUCACAAGAAACAAGGCAAUUGGGAGCCUCAGUGGAGCGCUGAUGAGAAGUUAUUUAGCAGAAUUGUAAACACUGAUGUUGUGUUUUAUGAAGAUCUCAACUUUGAGAAAAUUGUGGUCAGAAUUAAUUGUCAUAAAAUCGCAGCGUUCAGUUUGUCUCCAAAUGUUGGAACAUAUUUUAUUCUUUGUCACGUACCUGGAGCUUCAGGCCAGCCUUCAUUUGGAAAGUUGUUUAAAUAUCCAAACUUUGACGCUAUGCAAUCAAUCGCUAGUAAAAGUUUCUUCCAAGCUGAUAAAGUCGAAUUCUACUGGAAUUCUAAAGGCAGCAAUGCCCUCCUUUUAACAACGACAGAAGUGGAUAAAACUGGCGGUUCUUACUACGGCAAACAAGGCCUUCAUUUUGUGGGUUUGAACGGGCAAACAGCUAUGGUGGCAAUGAGUAAAGAAGGGCCGAUUUAUAGUGUGGCAUGGUCACCAAAAAAUCACGAAUUUUGCGUCGUUUAUGGAUUUGUACCGGCGAAAGCCACAAUUUUUAAUUUGAAAUGUGAACCAGUUUUCGAAUUUGGCACUGGACCACGGAAUUCACUUUACUAUAAUCCACAGGGGAAUCUUGUACUUUUGGGGGGUUUUGGAAAUUUAAGAGGACAUGUUGAGGUGUGGGAUGUGACGGAGAGGAAAAUGAUAGGAAAUUGUGAGGCGCCAGAUUCGACACUUUUAGAGUGGUCUCCUGACGGCAUCCACUUCUUAACGGCGACAACUGCCCCCAGACUUCGAAUCGGAAAUGGGUAUAAAAUAUGGCAUUAUUCAGGAGCACUUUUACACGAAAAAAAUUCAGGUCUCCAGGAAGAACUGUAUGAAGUGUGUUGGAAGAAAUUUCCCAAAUACGCUUUCAAAGACCCUGUCAUAACUUCGGAAAAAGUUGAAGGUAUAGCCACGAGUCAGCCGGUGGCUUCGAAACAGGCUUAUCGGCCCCCUUCUGCUCGCAACCGUCCAACAAUACGUUUCAGUUUAGAUGAUGAUGAAGAACAAUCCCAUAAACCAGGAGCAGACUCCCAAUCAAAAGCGUCUCUUAAACAAAAGAAGAAACGCGAAGCGAAAAAAGCAAAGAAACUUGAAGCAGGAGAAGACAAUAGAGAAGUUUCUGCUCCGGUUGUUAGUAGCGUCCAAAUAAAUUUGACCGGAGAUCCGGAAAAGGAUAAAAAACUUAAAAAUAUAAAAAAGAAAUUGGAUGCUAUUGAGAAGUUGAAAGAACAGCAAGCUCAAGGAAAGCCUUUAGAAAUCAAUCAACUUUCGAAAAUUAAGGGUGAGGCGGAUUUGUUGAAGGAAUUGGAACAACUUCAAGUGUAAUUAAAUGCUAUUACAUCAUUUGAUCCACUACUGUUUUCAAAUAAAAUGACUAAAAAUGGAUA